AUGCAAGUAUUUGUUAACACAUGCCGGGCAUGUUUGCUGUUAGCAUGCAUUAGUUUUCAGUUAACUACCGUUUCAAGUCAAAGUCGGGACAACAUUUCAUAUGCCUGGGCGAUUUAUGAACUACCAAACGUGCAGUAUGACUGGCCCAAUACCUCUGAAAAGGCUCGUGCUAUAAGGAACGGGGAGUAUAUAGUGGAGAAUAACAUCAUAACGGGGAUCAAGGUACACAUGGACACAAUUUACGUCACCGUGCCAAGAUGGCGUCCGGGAGUCCCGUCGACGUUGAACGUGUUGGGCGAGGAUGGCGUACUGCGGCCGUUUCCCAGCUGGGCCAUGAACACACUGGGCGACUGUGGGAGCCUCCAGUACGUUCAGAGUAUGGAAGUGGACCCGAACACCGGCCGGAUGUGGAUCAUAGACACCGGCCGCGUCGACACUAGGGCAGCCGGCCUGUCCCCGCGUAACCUUUGUCCGCCUAAACUUGUUAUACUAGACAUAACCACUAAAAAGAUCGAACGAGUGUAUGAAUUUCCCGACAAUGUUGUUUCUCAUACUAGCAAUUUCAUGAACGAUAUCGUCCUUGAUUACGUUGACGGUGAAGCAAGAUUUGCAUAUAUUUCUGAUACAUCAGACGCUAAGAUAUACGUAUACGACUUUGAAAGAAAUGCAUCAUAUUAUUACCAGGAUAUUACGAUGAACGCUCAACGGCUUAUUCCCGGUGUGCAGGACGGUCUUCUAUCGGCCCCAGUUGACGGUAUAGCAAUGUCCGCCGACUUUGCAUAUGUAUACUACUGCACGUUGACGUCCAUUGAGCUGUACGCCAUACCUACUCAUACUUUGAGACGCCCGGGUGCCAAUUUCUCAGCUGAUAUCAUUCACGUCGGCCAGAAAGCUGGGGGCUCCGACGGGAUGGUGUGUGGGCAAACAUCGCUAUUUUAUGCUGUGUUUGAAAGAAAUGCAGUUUUCAAGGCUCACAGCGAGUUAAGAGGUCAAUCGAUUUCUCUGAAGACGCAAAAUGAAGUGAUUUCAGACCAAGAGUCAGUGAAAUGGGUCGACACCUUCGCUUUCAAUGGUACGGAUCUAUGGUUUGUGGCAAACAAGUUGAAUCUGUUCGCCACAAACCAGCUUAACUUCAAUGGAAGUCAAUCAAAUAUGUAUAUCUGGCGCCUAGAAGUCGGGGAACACGGUUACUUGUGGAGGGCCCGCGAAAGGACGCUCAAUCAGAACGUUCCACUAGUCAUUGUUGGCUGA